AAAACACAUUUCUUCUCUUCUUUGGAAUUCAUUGGCAAUGGCUCAAAAUGAUAGAAAUACAAGGGUAGCUCAAAAGGCGUUUGAAAUGAUCGAUAAGGUGUACGGUAAGUCCCCCAAAAUAACCCAUUCGCCAAAUGUUCCUAGAGACGAGUUCGUUUCUCGUUAUAACCAAAGUUCUUAUGAAUAUGGUGGUCCCAAAGUGUACACCAUGAAAGAGGCGACUAGUACUAUUAGUUGCCGCCGAGUCAUUUAUCAGUAUUCAAACAGUUCAACUAUAAAAGAACCCAUUGCUCCUCACCCCACAGAGCAUAGUCAAUACUUCGGUGGUGCCCGUACUUUUAUGGGCCAUGCCAACUGGUUUGCGAGGCCAAAAGGGAGGGCUAUUAGCUGCGAUGAGGCGGUCCAACUCUACGGAGGGGUGCUUAUAAAGGAAUUUCGUAAGUAA